AUGGUCUCGAACUACACCGAUUCGCCCACGAUCGCGGAGGUGAGGACAAUGUGCCACAGCUUCGGCCCAUCGGGGCUGACAGAACCGUCGAAGCAAGGUGUGACGGUAGGUUACACUUGCAGGCUGCAGGCUCCUGAAAGGCACAAGCCCUUCGUCCGACCGGACCUUCUCGACAUGACGCUGCUGAACAUUGUGCAUCACUUCAAGCUGAGGGAAGGGUACAAGUCGACGAACGUGGCGGAGGGGACGGCGGUGAUUAACCACUACAUGUACCAGGUGUGGGACACUUUCAAGGCCAAGUUUUUCAGGAGGGUUUCGACCUAUGUGACCAACUGGCAGGACGAUCACAUGUAUUUUUGUUGUUUCAUUUGUUGCAUCGUAUAUAUUUUAAUUCCAGGUCAUGUGAGGAUCAUGCUAGCCUAG